CAUGGCAAAUUACUAACUUCAAAAAUAUUCAAACUAUUGCAGCGUUACCCGAUGGAUGUGUGUGGCACAAAUAAGAGAAACAGAGAAGAGGAAAGUGAGAUGGAAGAAGAAAGUGUCGCAGAGAAACCGCUGAUUAAAGUGGCGGCUAUUUGCGGCUCUUUGCGUAAAGCUUCCUACAACAGAGGCCUCAUCCGUGCGGCGAUAGAGCUGACGAAGGAGGAAAUCGAGGGCGUCCACGUGGAGUACAUCGAGAUAUCGGCGUUGCCCAUGCUGAACACGGAUCUUGAGGUGGAUGGCACGUAUCCACCGGAAGUUGAAGAGUUUCGUCGGAAGGUUCUGGAAGCUGAUUCCUGUCUCUUUGCUUCGCCUGAUUACAACUACUCCAUCACUCCACUACUGAAGAAUGCAUUAGACUGGGGAUCAAGACCACCAAAUGUGUGGGCAGGGAAAGGUGCAGCAGCAGUGAGUGCUGUUGGGGGUGGGAGAAGAGCACAGUUUCAUCUGCGUCAAAUUGGGGUCUAUCUUGAUCUUCAUUUCAUCAACAAACCAGAGUUCUACCUCAAUGCUCACAGGCCACCGGGAAAAUUCAACACCAAUAGUGGUGACUUGGUUGAUUCAGAGACCAAAGAGAACCUUAAAGAAAUGAUUCUCUCCUUGCAAGCAUUCACCUUGAGACUACUAGGCAAGGGCUGACUAGAACAACAAAUUCCAGAAUAUUUUGAGAAAUAUUGUACUACAUGUUAUGCAAAAUAAUGUCUAACUAAAACAAUUUGGAUGUCAUGUUUAAGAUUGAAAUAAGAAUAAUGUUUAAGCUUGC